GGGCUUAGUGGACCUCGGUCUUCGGUUAUACUCGUUCGCGGGUUCGAAGGGUUCUCCGAAGUUCUGAAGUGCGUGAAGGAAAUGAGGGAUGGGAGAGCGUCAUCGUUUACGAUUUGGGAAUCCGUGAUAGAUGGCUCCGCUUACUGGGCACGACGACUUCUACACGUUUCUCGAAAGAAAGAGAUUUCCUUGAGGCCUCGAACAAUGUCGAUUUUUUAUAAAAAUAGAACGAAUAAUCAACGCCUCUGAGGGCGGCAAUGCAGCGCCCCGAGGGAUUACGCUCUCAGUAUUCAUGAUGCGAUUAACACUUUAUUAGUCGAAGAGAUCUACUGGUUUCGAGAUUCUCCCAUCAGCUGCCAGUAGUACAGAUUAUAGGAGAUUCUGCUGAGGGCAUCGCACAUCCGGCGAGAAAGCACCAGCAUAAAAUCAGCCUGAGAGAAUCUUUUAACGAGCACAUCUCCCUCUCAGCUCCUAUAGGUACAUCCACCGUACCAUCAGGUAAGUGAGUAGAAAAUAAGAAACAGAAGAAUGCCGUAGUAAGACGCUUUCCAGGCAAAAUCAAGCCAGGCUAAGCGUCGACCUCGUUACUUAUUCCGCGCAGCCUCUCAUUUGCAAUUCCCUUCGACCGCGCGAAAGCUGAUGCCGAUCGUUCAGUCUAGGGUACAUCUUCUCUUCUGUGCCCUUCCAUCCACGCGAAAAACUCGAGGAAUCCAGCGGUGCGCGAGAAAAGUAAAAAAGGCACGCUACACGAGAAGAAGAAGAAGAAGCAUUGGAUACAGUGCAGAGCCGGUACGGCGUGCGCUUUCAGCGUGGAAAAUUAAGCUUCCCCCGAAACAGCGGCGAAACUGUUAAUUAAGACUCAUUAUGCGCCCCCGCGCGGCCGCUCCCCUUCCGCCCUUGCGUAGGUGGAAUGGUAAAACCCGAGCCCAGCGUAUACCUGUAUACGGCCUAUCUACUGUGCAGAAACUCGGGCGGUGUGUCGGUGCUGGGACGGUUCAACUCGACUAGGUGUAUGCGAACUUCUUAAUACCCACGACGGCGGCAGCGGCGGUAUGAGCCGGAAAAAAGGAAAAAGAAGAAGAAGAAGAGGAUGAAGAGGGUGAGGAACGAGAGAGAGGGAGAGAGGACAAGCGCGCGGCGCAGAGUUCAUUGUGGGAUCAAUACGCGCCCGGCUCGGUCUGUCUCGCGCGUAGGAGUGGCACCGACGCCUCAUUGGACGUCGUGUCCCUGGGCGCCGAUUGGUCGAUGCCUCGGCACUGCCAGGAGGCGGAGUCCCCGGCUCGAUCCGUACCGCGUCCUGACGAAGCGGGGUUGCCGCGCCGCUCUCUCCCUCUCUCUCGCAGGCGCGUCAGCCCGGUGUCUCUGCUUCUCUCCUUUCGCUCCCCGCGGGCUGCGCGCGCUGUCUCUUUCUCUCUCACUCAGCCCGAGCUUACACGCUGCCGAUGCGGAGACUUUCGAGUCUCGCGGAGAGCGGCGCGCGGAUAGAACUAGAAAAAGACAGGACGUCUCUCGGGCCCCGGCGGAGCCUGCGGCGGCUGCUGCUCAGUCUGUGUUCGUCCACCAGAGGGGCACACGCUGUACCGCGCGAGAGGCUGCUGAGAGCAAGAUAUUUGAAAAAAGCAGUUUGCGCGCGUUUUUUCCUUGCGGCGGUUGGACCGGUUUCGGAGGAUCAGUGCCAGUGCUUUUCCGGGACACAAUAGUCUGACUGUCGACGACGCUUCUACGACAGUGAGUUUUGGUGCGGUUGUCAUGACAGUGCGAACGAGCCAUCCGGAGAACUGACAGGCGUACAGGUGUGCGUGCGACAGUGUGACAUACACGUACGUUGUACGUAUACAGCAUCAGUGAAAGUGUCAUCGACGGUAUACUUACGCGUGAUAAAUAAACCGGUGCGCCGCCGUCGGACGAUCGUUAUUAUGCGCUGAUCGGCUGCGGCUCUCGCACAGACCGGCAGCAGCAGCGUCGCGAGGAUCGGCAGAUCGUGUGAACCUCGGUUGCCCAAGAGCCGAAUCGCUGGCGGAGAUAUCGCGAGCCUUGGCGUCGGAGUAUCCGGCGGGUGUCGGUGGCUAUCCGGCGGCUGGUGCUACCGCGGCGGCAGCCUCGAGCUUCGGAUACAACAGCAGCGCUGGUGCAGCCAACCGGCAGCAGGCCGGAGAGGCCGAUUCCGCGGCGGAGGCUGGAUCAGUUGGUACAGGGCUGCCGGGGGGCCCGCCUAGGGGGGUGAUGAGCUGCUCCGAGGUUAUGUAUCAAUACUAUCCGUACCUCUAUCAGAGGCCACCGCCGCCCCAUCCCCAUGCGGCGCCGCAUCCGAGCGUUGCCCAUGCCGGCAAUCCACAUACCGCGCAUCACAGCCCCGCCAGGCCCGCGCCCUUUCAGCCCUUCUCCACGGCCACGCCGACUCACCAGUACGACAGGAUCAAUGUCAAUCAAAGAUCACUGGAGACGGCGGGUCUGGAGCUUUGCGGCGGUGGUGGUAGCGCCGCUGCGGGCGGGGGUGGCGCGACGGUGGCGGCUGCGACGGGCGUACCGCAGGGUCAAUCGAGCAGCGCUGGCUCCAUAGGCUCGGCGCCGAGCCCUGCCUCGCCCAGACCGGCCCCCCAGCAUCGGCCGCCACUCACCACUUCCUCCCAGUCCUCGAGGAACCUCGACGACGACAGAUCGACCGAUGCUGUCGGACCGAAUACCGCAACGGACGAUUCCGACGACAGCGAAAGUAGAGCCCAAUACGUUAGUGCGAAUUGCGUAGUUUUUACCCAUUACCGAGGCGACGCAGCGACGGAAGUCGAGGAACAUUUUCAGAGGGCUCUGGCACAAGACAAACCAAAAGAUAAUAAUAAUCCCAUGAUCACGAGAAACUUCCCGGCAUCGUUCUGGAAGAGCCACCACGAGGUCUACGAAUACACCGAUCCCUGGCACUCGCACUACAGCCAGUAUCACCCACGGGCCGUGCACGAGUACCACCACCACCACAACAUGGCGGCGGCGAGUUACAACAGCCUGCUGCUGAACCGCAGCCUUGGUCAUCCAAGCUCGCAUCCAGGCGUACCUCACCACGCGCACACGGCAGCGAGCUACAAGGACUGGACGUCGGCGACACCCUCGCAGUCGCUCGUCGACGCGUCCUCGGCUCCGCCGUACCCUCACGGCCCAUACGCGCCCCUAUCGAGCGACUACUGGACGUGAACGGCGAGCGUGUUUCUUCGGUGCUUCUCUGCGCUCGCCAGCAACGACGGUCUCUUUCUGUGUAUAUGGAUGUCCUAUAUAUAUAUCUUUCUCUACUCUUGCGAAUGCGAAUGUGUUCGCCUAUAUAUAUAUUGCGCGCGCACAGGGACACGCCCGAUGUGAAACAUCGUGGAAAUGGCCAGGAGUCGUGUAAGUAUACGCGAGAACCGAAUCGAAGUUGCUAGACGAUCUCAUCCUUCGUGACUCAACGCUGCAUUGCGUAAAGCGUUGCUAAUUAUAGAUAAAAGGUUGAUGGUUCGACCGAAUGUUUGAACAGCUAAUUAAUCACGUUUACGCAGAACAAUAUUCGCGAGCAGUUUAACAGUUUUAACGGUGAAUGAACAACGUUUACUAUACACAGCUUCAGUCCAUUAUUUGACACAUAGCAAAUAAUAUAAAUUUGAUUUUUGUGUGUAUCAUUGUACGAUAUCGGGGGGAGGCUGUUCGAAAUUUUCCUAUCAAUAGGUGGAAGCUAAAUAUGAUUCUCUUUUGACGAAAUCUAUUUAUUGCGCGCUCUGGUGCAGAGACGCGCACGUUUCCUUAUAAUAGCUCACGCAGUGUGACGUCAGGUGAACAAUAACAAAGAUUACACGCGAAAACGGCUCUAUAUAUCUAUACAGUAUCCACAAUAAUAUUUGCCAAACUGAUAAUACUAUACGCGACCUCAAGAAAUACACCGACGAUCGAUUAAUAUUUCGGAGAGAAUUUAUACUGCGCAAAUUGUAUGUUAUUAUUAAGUUUUUUUUCUUUCGAAACGUCGGCUCCGAUCUAAACUUGAAUAAAUAAGAUCGUACAAAAGAGUCGCGGGAGACACGCGUACGUUGCUCGCUCCUCGAUAACGAUUGCAAAUUUACAAAUUUACUUUUCGACCUUUGUUAUGUAAAAAUAAACCAUUAAACAUUGAGCCAUUGUCAAAUAUUUGCCCAAGAACAAAACGCAGCGUAUACCGCUCGUUACGCAACGUUGGAACAAAAGCUCGCUUCCAAUAAGUCAUCGUUCCCUUUAAACGAAGACGCGAACCUCGCUAUCUCCUUCUUCGAAUUCGCCCCGGCUGGCGAGAAGCGCGCACUCGUUCAAAUUCAAACUCUCGUUGCGCAUAAUAUCAUACAUGCAUGUAUGCGCAUACCUCGUAGGCUCGGCUACUGUACACACGCGAUGAAGACGCGCACGAGAGCAUCAGCAGCGAAUCCGAAUAAUUUCGCCCUAUGGAAGACGCAUAUGGCACAGGCAAGAUCCCGCGGCUGGCCGGCAAUGCGCGCGUGGAAUCGUACGGACAGAAUACGCACGAUUCUAUGCAUCUGAUGCACGCAGACUCUGCUGUCGAAAUUUUAACUGGCCCUGGCGUCGCAGCGGCAGCAGCACGUGCAAGAAGAGCCGCGAACGACGACGAGGAAAUAGCAUAUAUAUGCUUUUUUACAUAUAUAGCGCACGUUACCGUUUUCAUUUUAGAUUGUUCGUUGUAAGCGUUGGAAAGACUGGGUUUUGAACAUUUUUUCGGCGCUCAUCUUCGUAAGAGCAUAAAAUGCUCGGUGUUUUUUUUUUAAUAGCUAUGGAACUGCGAAAAAUAUGUUUGAGAGUCUAGUGUUUUGCCAAUAAGGGGUUUCACUCAGAUGUCCCAUCCGCAACGAAUUCAUUUCGACGUAUAUGUAAUACUCCCUCGUUUAAUUUAACUCAAUGUCUACUGUAAUCGUGCAUUAGUAAAUGAAAAUGUGGAAAAAAAAUAGUGUGAUCAAUUGACUUUAUAGUGUGUACAUAAAUGAAGAUGCUGGUUUUCUCAUUUCUAUUUCGCGUGUGCAUCAGAGACCAAUUUAUUUAUCUUCUACAUAAUAACGAGCGAGCUAAUGUUCUGUAUAUUUAUGUCGAUAUAUAUAAUAUAAUUUCAAACAAUGAAAAUUACGUACCGUCUUGAUCUCCUGUUUGAAUAUCAACGUACAGUCAUCGUCGGCUGAAAAUUUACGUCGCGACUUUCAUUCGAAUUCAAUGAAAUACUCAGAAUGAGAAACCAUACACGAUAGCGCGAAUUCGAUUAUUGGCUCUCUAAAAUGUUAGUAAACCAUAUAGAUAGAUGAUAAUUUGAAAAUUUCUACUCGAUUAUUUGAUCUGUAUGUAUGUUUGAACGCGAAUAAUAAUAUAAUAAUAAAUAAUAAUAAUGAUAAUGAAAUAAUAUUGUGUAUAAAAAAAAGCGACAAUAGGGGCUAACAGCACCGUCUGGCAUUCAGCACUAAGUGAUUUUCAUGCAUAAGUAUCUACCGAUAUUCCUACAUAGAAGAAAAUCAAGAAGAAGCGUAAUAAAUUAUCUCAAUAAAAUUGAUUUUAUUACCUUUCUGUCGUCGGACCGUGCAAUCUAUUAUUAUUUAUUAAUAAUAAUCGAAUGCAUAUAUGCUUAUCCUGCUCAUGCGGUUAAUUAUACAUUACAAUAUGUAUCCCUCUAAUUAAUUAAUUACGUCGAAAGGAAGUACUUGUAGAAUGCAAAUAUGCAACGUGUUUCUUUCGCGCUACAUAAAUACGUUCGCGGCGAAUUAGCAAGUAUUUGAUAUUAUAAUACAGCGAUAUUUUAUUCUAUGUUUGUACAGUCACUAGGGUCGUAUAUACUAAAAGAAAAUUGUAUUAAAAAGUUCAUUGAAUAUCUUGCACUCAUUGUACUUAAGAGUCGCUACUUCACGAUGCAGCUGGGGCAAGCUGACGUGUAAAUAUUACUUGUAAUAAAUGUGCUUUAGUUAACCUGCCCAUUAAAUAACUCUAUGUAA